AUGUACUCUUUUUCUCCCGUGACGCCCGGCAAGACCGCCGCUUCGCCAGCCAACGACCUCGUCAGUAGCAGCAGCAACAGCAAUGGGGAGUUGGUCGACGACAUCAAGGAGUCGCUCGACCGCAUCGAAAAACUCCUCAACCGCGGCCAGCAGCUGCUGUACGGUGAUGGCGCGGCCGAUGGGAAGAAGGCGUACAGCGAGGGGGCCGCGGUGACCCCGGACGGAGAGCCUGCGGACGCAGACACCGUCUCGAUCCCGACCGCGCGGCACGUAGACGCCAACUGCGGCUCCUACCAGCUGCCGUCUGACACGCAUGUCGGCCUCCCCCUGCGCGGCACUGGCACCAGUGCCGCCGCAAACGCGUCCCUUUACCCGCAGAGCACAUCCCAGCACUCGGCAAGCCACUUUCAGAGAAAUUCAGAAAAAUUGUACCAGCGCUUGUCGGGGGAAAGCAACCACCGUUACCCGUCGCAGAACGGCUCGAACCGCAGUAGCCUCCACGCCCGCCCGCAUGCGAACCGGGCGUCGGUGGGCAGCAACCGUCUACCGCCGGGCUUCAAGGACAAAGUGUUGGUCUCCGUGCGUGGGCGGCGGAUCGUUCAGAUCCAGAAGGAAGGCGGCAUUGUGCCUAAUUUUGAAGAGGGCCUCGACGCUCAUGACACGCCGCAGAACUUUACCAUCGAAGAGCUGAAGGCGCGCAUCCACCGUGAACUGGAGGAGUACCGACGUUUGGGCCCCCUCAUGAACCGCUACAAGUCGUUCCGGCGCCGGCAAUGCGUCACGGUCGCCAAGCGUGCGCCGAUGAUGAAGAUUGCUUCGAGAACAUUCACUGCGGCAACGACGGCAGCGCUUGGGAGCAAGCUGGUGAAACACAUCCCCGCACCAGCCUCUGCGUCCACGCCGCAGGGGGCAGCCAACCGCUUCGGCGUCCAUGCGGCGGCGGCCACAACCAAAACUGGGCCACACGCGGCCCCCGCGUCCAGGCAGGCGGCGAAGAGCACUAACGGCACCCCGGCGCGCAGCACGCUACGGAACUCGCACGAGAGGGGCCGCGUGGAGACGAGGCGUGCCGACCGGGGAUCGCACCCCCCUAUGAUGGCGCCGCCGGGGAACAGCACGUACAGCGCCUACUACAACCCGCUGCAGAUGAGCGGGGGUAGCCGCAAUGCGUCGUGCGAGCUCUCGUUGAAGCAGACGGCCGGGUGCAGCGACGUCGUGCCGCAGCACGCGCGCAAUGUGUCGAAGUCCAAGCCCCGCACUACUGAGCCCCAAGACGACAUGGAGGAAGCCAGCUUGCCAGACAGCAUGGAGGACUGCGACGCCUCGCAACCCUACGUUGCACCACUUGAUCUCAGCGUGAUCAAGAAGUAG